GACCUGCCUCACUUCGUCCUGGACACUGGGACAUACGAUGAGAACAAAGCAGUUCUCAUCGAUGCCGCCGCCCCUGAGAGGGCCAUCACCAAGGCACAGGCCAAGGUGAUGGUGGAAAGGGCGGCGCAAGGUCUGCAAGCAGUGGGCCUUAGGCGUGGUGACACGGUUUGUGUCGUUCAUUUGAAUGACAUCAUGUACCCGGUGGUUUUUCUGGCCAUCAUCAUGGCAGGGGGUGUGUUUUCGGGGGCUAACCCCAUGUACAAGGCAGGCGAGCUCCGCCACCACUUUGAGGUCUCGGAGACCAAGUUCGUCUUCUCAGAUCCCGCCUCCCUCGCUGCCGUCUCCGAGGCCUCGGAAGGUCUUCUCGAUGGCGACAACAUCAUCUUCUGGGGCGACGGAGAGGCCGGUUCUUCGUUCGGUGCCCGGUACUCGCUCGCCGACCUCCUGGCAGGCAUUGCUGGUGCACCGGUCGUCGACCCGGUCCGCUUCGACGAUGAGACCCGAGCCAGAGAUACCGUCGCCGUUCUCAUGUCGACAAGUGGCACCACUGGCUUGCCCAAGAUGGCCGCCCGCUCACACCUGAGUCUCGUCACCGAAAACAUCGCCUUGCAAGACGGUGUCGCAAAGAACUACGAAGUCGCCCGUUUGCUCUUCACCCCUUUCUUCCAUGGAUUCACCGCCCCGCUGGCUUUACUCGACGCUCUCGUUCAUGGCCGCACCACCUAUGUCAUGCCUCGGUUCAAUGUCGAGAGCUGUCUUGAGUACGUCGAGCGUUACAACAUCACCGAGAUGGCAGCACCCCCUCCCGUUCUCCUGGCUUUCAGACGCGUACCCGAGGCCGAACGCACUGCGCUUCGCUCAGUCCGACUUAUCUGGAGUGGAGGCGCGCCCAUGUCGGCCAGCAUGCAGAAUGAAGCCGUUCGCAUGUUCUAUCCCUACGCACGUAUCGUCCAAGUCUACGGUAUGACAGAAGCAGGUUGGAUCACGACUUUCAAGUUCCCAGAGCUCGACGAGAGCGGUUCCGUAGGUCGCUUGUUGCCUUCUUACGAAGCCAUCAUCGCCGACGCCGAAGGCCGCGAAAUCACCACAACCCAACAACCGGGCAUGCUCUUCAUCCACAGCCCCAUAAACAUGCUCGCGUACCACAACAACCCCUCCGAGACCUUCAACGCACUACGCAACAACUGGCUCCGCACAGGCGACAUAGCCCACUUCUCCUACCCGGACCACAAACUCUACAUCACCGACCGCAAAAAGGACAUUAUCAAAUACCGCGGCUGGCAAAUCUUCCCCACGGAAAUCGAAGCUUGUUUGCUUUCUCAUUCGCUCGUUGCCGAUGCAGGUGUAUUCAGUUGGUACAUUUCUGACGUGGACAAUGAAGUCCCCGUCGCGCAUGUGGUGCUGGAAACCGGUGUGCCGCUGUAUGCUCAGCAAUUCGGCAUCAUGGGUGAACUCAUCAACCACUGCAAGGACAAACUCGCCAAAUACAAGACUGUGGCGCUGGAAAUGAGGUUCAAGGAGUCCAUUCCCAAGAACCCUGCUGGCAAGAUCUUGAGGGAUGGGAUGAGGCUUGAGGAGUUG